CCCGCCCACUGGUCUUUGUCUCUCUCGCUCUCCCUUACUCCCUCUCUCUCUCUCUCUCCCGUACUCUCUCUCUCUCUCCUUGAGAGAGUGCACUCACUUUCAGCGCUCGUUCGCUCGCUCUCUUCGCAUUUCCUUCACCUCUCUCAUCGCUUCAGCAGAGUCCCAUCCUCCAAAGUCUGAGUCGCAUCCCACAUCUGAGUCCCAUCCCACAUCUGAGUCCCAUCCCACAUCUGAGUCCCAUCCCACGUCCGCAUCCCUCGUCCUCUGCCCCAUUGCGACGCGCACUCUUUAAAAUCAAAAACUCGCUCCGUCGAUACGCGCGUCCCACCGCUCAAUAAAGGGCGUCUGGGGUGGACUAAAGAGGCCGCUGCCGAGUACCGCGCGUGGUCUGUGUCGGAGCCGUCAUGACGCCGCUUCGCCCUCACCCGGAGCCUCCUCGCCUCAUGCUGCCAGCGCCGCUGCUGCUCCUGCUGCUGCUGCUGCCGAUCUCCAGCCACGCGCAGUUCCCCAGAGUUUGCGCCACCGUGGAGGCGCUCAACUCCGGUGACUGCUGCCCGCCGAUGCCAGGGGCAGGGCCCGGAGACCGAUGCGGAGACACUGAGGGUCGAGGUUCCUGCCAGCCCGUCGUGGUGGAAGACCUCCCGCACGGCCCCCAGUUCUCGCUCGACGGCCGUGACGACCGCGAGCGAUGGCCCCUUCGCUUCUUCAACCGCUCGUGCGCCUGCGCGGGCUCCUUCUGGGGCCCCGCGUGUUCGCGCUGCCGCUGGGGCUGGACGGGCGCUCGCUGCGAGCUGCGGAGCGCUCCGGUGGCGCGCCGCGACAUCGCGACGCUCGCGGCCGCCGAGCGGGAGCGCCUCGUCGCCACGCUCGACCUCGCCAAGCGCACGCCGCACCCGGAGAUCGUGAUCGCCACGCGGGCACGGGAUGAGAUCCUCGGCCCGGACGGGGCCACCCCGCAGGUGCAGAACGUGAGCGUCUACGACGCCUUCGUGUGGACCCACUAUUACUCGGUGCGCCGCACCUACCUCGGCAACGGCACGAGCAGCGCCGAGGCGGACUUCUCGCACAAGGGUCCCGGGUUCCUCACGUGGCAUCGCUACCACCUCCUGGCACUGGAGCGCGACCUUCAGGAGCUGCUGGGGGACCCGGCCUUCGCCAUCCCCUACUGGAACUUCGCGCGCGGCGGAGCGGAGUGCGACGCGUGCGACGACUCCCUGCUGGGCGCUCGGCACCCCCAGGACCCCUCCCUGCUCAGCCCCGCGUCGCCCUUCUCGCGGUGGCGCCUCCUGUGCAGCGACAACGUCUACUACGACACGACGGGCGCGCUCUGCAACGACACGACGGGGGGUCCGAUCCGUCGGAACCCGGCGGGAAAUGUGGACAACCCGAUGCUGGCUCGACUGCCGGAGCCCGAGGACGUGACCCAGUGCCUGCAGCUCGGAGCCUUCGACACGCCGCCCUUCUUCUCCAACUCCGACGGGAGCUUCCGCAACUCCCUCGAAGGUUACUCGGAGCCGUCUGGCCGCUACGACGCGCGUCUCCGCAGCCUGCACAACCUGGCGCACCUGUUCCUGAACGGCACGGGGGGCCAGGUGUACCUCUCCCCCAACGACCCCCUCUUCGUGCCGCUGCACGCGUUCGUGGACGCCGUCUUCGACGAGUGGCUGCGCAGACACGGAGCGGCCCUGACGGCGUUCCCGCUGAUGAACGCUCCUCUGGGCCACAACCGCGGCUACCACAUGGUGCCCUUCUGGCCGCCCGUGCGCCACUCGGAGAUGUUCGUCACGGCACCGGAGAACCUCGGGUACACCUACGAGGUCACCUGGCCAGACCAGCAGCUCUCCCAGCUGGAGAUCUCGGCCAUCUCGGUGCUGUGCGCGCUGUGCGGCGUGGCCCUCGCCUCGGGCCUCCUGGCCCUGGCUCUGCGCGCGCGCCGGAGGAGGAGGGCGGCCCUCCAGGGGGGCCAGGACCCCCUGCGGCCCCUGCUCACCGACAGCGGCUACCAGCGAUACGACAGCGGCGGCGGCGGCGGCGGGGAGACGGAGGCCGCAUUGAGGAGCAAGACGCACACCGCCGUGUAGCAGCCGCGUCGCUCUGGUGGUGGGGCUUGGUUUGUGGGGGGCUCCCGCAUGAUUUGGAGGGGUGGCGUGAUAUAGAAUUGGGGGGCACCCUGCACAAGCAUCGAGGUUUUUAUUACUCUCCCCCCCCCCUCCUCUUCUUUUUUUUCUUCUAGUCCGGCGGAGAGCAUUUGUUGUCUACCAGACAGACACGUGUUGUUCAGAAUCAUCUUGCGGAAGACGGGUAGCAGUAGUAGUAGUAAUAAUACUUUACAUGUAUAAUGCGGCGUUCCAUCCUAAGAUUGCCAAUGCAUGAAAAGCAGAAAAAAAACAUAAUCAGGGGCAACCGACCGAACUAAAGAGGGAAGGCGGGUAGUUGAAAGAGUUGGGGUUUCAAAGUGCUCCGCAUCGCGAUGCAAGACCGCUGAGAGGACAGGAGAGACAACACCACCACGACCACCAGCAGCGCGAUCAUCUUCCGAGACGUCGUGGCUCUCCAAAUGCCAUUUCGGAAUAUGUCACGAAUUCACGAUAGUCCCGGGAAACGAUGUAUGUCCUUCUGAAAUGUCACGUGAUUGUACCGCGAAUCGCUGUGUUGUGUCAGGGUAACCGAGAAUAAUCUUCCACGGGAUAAUAUCUCCAAAUUCACAAGUAGUGGGGGUGUUCGGAGUCGUCUCAGUAUUGCUCGCACUCGUUCUCGGCAAUAUUUGAUGGUUUUGUAUUUUUGUUUGUACUGCUGCUGCUGCUUACGGCACCACUGAUCUGCCGUGUGAAACAGCCGGGCAACAAGCGGCUAAACGGGAACUUCCGUGCGUAGCAAAUCAAAAUAAACUCAAUACAGUGGGCCAAGUCUCUCCGCACGAUACGCAAGUACCGUAUUGCCCAGGUUAUAAAGCACGGUUCCUUUCUUUUUUCCCGUUCCAAGAUAAUCCCAAAAGUUUUGGGGUGCGUCUAACUUUCGGGAGCGUCUUAUAAUCUGGAGAAUACGGUAAAUAUGAGAAGGA